CACAUACCACCUUAUUACUUGUUAACAUGGAACUCCUACGACGCCAGGGCGCUCGCUUCGCGGGCCAGGCUCGUCGCCAGGCAGCGCUUCCAGUGAAAGUCACGCAAGCUUAUCCUGCCCGCGUGCACACGAGCGGACGCCAGGUCGCACAGCAGCGUCAACAGCGCGACCUUAUUGUUGCCCACGCCAAGAAGAACUACACCAGCGCACUACUUUUUGACUGCGAUGGAGUGAUCGUUGAGACCGAGGAGCUGCACCGGAAGGCCUACAACGCUGCGUUUGCCGCGUUUGAGUGCACAAUCGAUGGAAAGCCGCUUGUCUGGAGCGUCGAGUACUAUGACGUGCUGCAAAACACGGUGGGCGGCGGCAAGCCCAAAAUGAAGUGGCACUUCAACCGCAACGGCUGGCCUGCCAGCAAGGCUGGCCCGCCGCCAGCGACUGAGGAGGCCAAGAACAAACUGGUCGACGACCUUCAGGACUGCAAGACCGACCACUACAAGGUCAUUGUAGAGUCGGCGGCCGAGGCGCGCCCGGGCGUGCUGGAGCUGAUGGACGAGGGUCUGGCCCGCGGUGACGUGGCCAUGGCCAUCUGCUCCGCCGCCACCAAGGAGGGCUUUGAGAAGGUGGUCAACAGCGUGGUGGGCAAGGAGCGACUGGCCAAGUUCGACCUCAUCCUGGCGGGUGACGAUGUGCCUAAGAAGAAGCCCGACCCGCUCAUCUACAACCUUGCACGCGAGCGGCUGGGUGUGCCCGCCGACCGCUGUGUGGUGAUCGAGGACAGCCUGGUGGGCCUGCGCGCGGCCAAGGGCGCGGGCAUGCACUGCAUCAUCACGCCCACCACCUCCACCGCCUCCGCCGACUUCUGCGGCGAGGGCGCGGCGGCGGUGGUGCAGGCGCUCAAGGGGCCCAACUACAAGGUGUCCAUCGACGACAUCUUUGGGUUCGUGUGCGACGACAAGGGCGUGUGCGAGGCCGUGCCGGACGUGCACCUGUCAGAGGGCAUGUGCGCAAUUCCCUGGGAGACGGGCAAGAAGUGACACCGCAGCAAUGGCAGUCAGUCCUCGAGCUAUGCGUGUGGUGGGCCGUGGCGCGGUGAGGGCGCGGCUCCCGUCAGCCAUGAGGCGGGCGUGGCUGACUCAGGCGGGCGGCUGAAGGUAUGAUUCCGCGGAUGUGGUGAGGGUGAUGAUUGGGUGGGGGGCGGUUCGGGGUAAGGAAAGGGGUGGAGUGGUUUUGAGGAGUCGUUGAGUAGCCGUGACGGCGUCAACGGCAUGCGCGUUUUGGGGGGGGGGGUUGGAUCCGGAAAUUAUGGAGAACCUGGUAGCAGGCCUAUGUAAGCGUGUUUGUGCAUGACCGCACGAGUACGUAUUGGGGGCUUGGCAGAGCGUACGUAUUUGAGGGACAGGUCGUGCCCUGAAAGGCAAGGAAGAUGGGGUGGGGGAUACCUGGGGGCCCUCGUGCGGGCUCUUGGCAUGGCCUGCUUGGGGUUGUCCCAGGCUGGCCCAACAGCAGGGCCAAAGCUUCGGAAGGCAUGUAAAGCAGAGGCACAUGAUCUUGCUCAGAUUCUCAGAAAGGAGCUCGCUCUCAGAUUUCAUUGGUCACAAGAGGGACCUGCGGACGCAGUUCACGAGCCAGUGACAUAGGAGCUCAGCAUAUGAGGUGCAUCUAAGCAAGCACAUGCGUGAGAGCAGGUGUAGGGAUCGGUAUGUUGCUGUUAUGGCGACAGGAGGUCAUGUGCACUCUUGCCC